CGUAGAUGCACUUAAGUGGGAGUGAUUUGUCUGACAAAAAGUAGUCAGGGUUUUAAUGUCUAUUUAAGAUCAGUGAAUUGGAGAUGUAUUAUAGUGUUUAAAUAAGUUCAGUUUUAUCACAACAGUUCUGCUUAUUAUGUGACAUUGUACAACUACGUAUAGAAGAGAAUAACCUAUUCCUGUUAGUGGCGGCGGCUUCCUGGUGACGUAGUCUCCAUUGUACCUAAGCUGGUGCCUCGAUCUCUCAAGGAUUAAAUUAAAAACAUGAUAGAUACCAAUCUAAUGGAUUGCAGUCGUCAAAAUAAUUUUGAACUUCACAUUGGCUAAUCUGGUUAUACAUAAAAGAACGAUAAAUAAAAAAUAACAGCCUCAAACAUGUCUUCUAGUCAACUUAUGGAUUCUUGUGUCUUGGUCAAUAGGAGAGUGGAACAAAGACAGGAACACAGCAUCACCCACACUGAAGUUACGCAAAGGAGAAUACUACAAGAGCAGUGUCCAGAAAUGCAGCAUUACAAGGGCCCAGAUGUGUCAAGCUCUUUGAACGAAGCUAUUUAUCACCCUCACAGCAAUGGUCACUCCGAACAUUCUCCAAAUUCUAGCCAUAUGUCUGUUCACAGUGAUGAACCACUCGUACGAACUCAGAAACAGCAAACCACUCAACAAGUAACCACGGUGACUAAAGUAGUACGUGAAGUACAGCAGUUAGGCGAUCAAGCUGGAGAAUAUAUACCUGUUCCCCUCGGAUCAUACCCACAUGCAUCUCAGUAUGUCGAUUAUAUAGAACAACCAUCCCAUCAUAUGUAUUCCCAGUAUCACCAGCAUCCUCAUUACCAAGAUUAUGACCAUUACCCAAACCCCUAUGGAGCAUAUAUGGGUUACCCGGCAAGCGCUGAACAACCACCAUCUCCUCCUAGUCUAAGCGAGCACAGUGGUGAUCCAUCUCCGCUUCCACUUACAGCGCAACCAAAUGCUGCUUACCUUGGCUCGGCAUAUGAUGAACUUCCUGAACAUUACAGAGUCACUCCUUCUCCAGGAGGGCCUAUAGGCAUAGACCCAUACCAAGACGAAUCCGCUGUCGUUUACGGUUAUGUUUCUCCUUCGCCUUACGGUACAGCGCCUAGUCUUUCUCGUCCCUAUGUAGAUAGUUUAAAUGGACCAGUUCCAGUAGGUGCUAGUAUGAGAAUGUUCGAAGAUGAAGAUUUACAGAAACAUAUUAGUAAAAUGUCACUCCACGGGCACAACGUAGGUUUACCCCAUGAAAGAGUGCAUAACAUUUCAUCACCAGGCAGUAUUGGAGGGGAAGAUGAUCAACGAGGUAUGCGUUGGCGUGAUCCAAAUCUGACAGAAGUUAUUGGAUUUUUAAAUAACCCUAAUAAUGUGAUUAAAGCUAAUGCUGCGGCUUACUUGCAGCAUUUAUGUUAUAUGGACGAUCCUAAUAAACAGAAAACAAGAGCCCUAGGCGGUAUACCUCCUCUUGUGAAGCUGUUAAGUCACGACAGUAUAGAAGUUUAUAGAAAUGCUUGUGGAGCUUUAAGAAAUCUUUCAUAUGGAAGACAAAAUGAUGAAAAUAAGAGGGCGAUAAAAAAUGCUGGAGGAAUACCCGCGCUGAUAAAUUUGCUGAAACGAUCUAAUGAAGCAGAAAUUAAGGAAUUAGUUACAGGUGUAAUUUGGAAUAUGUCAUCUUGUGAGGAUUUAAAAAGAAAUAUAAUCGAUGAUGGUGUUAUUACGAUUGUAACUUACAUUAUAAUACCACAUUCUGGUUGGGAUUCUCAAGGAAAUCAUGGAGAAACGUGUUGGUCAACAGUAUUUAGAAAUGCUUCCGGUGUAUUGAGAAAUGUCAGUUCGGCAGGAGAAUAUGCCAGGAAAAAGUUGAGAGAAUGUGAAGGUUUAGUCGAUGCACUGUUGUUUGUUGUACGCUGUGCCAUAGACAAAUCUAACAUAGGCAAUAAAAUUGUAGAAAAUUGUGUGUGCAUACUCCGCAAUUUAUCAUAUAGAUGCCAAGAGGUUGAAGAUCCAAAUUAUGAUAAAAAUCCAUUACCAACCCAAAGUAGAGUAGCUGCUAAUUCUUCUAAAGGUGAAAAUUUAGGUUGUUUUGGAGGUAGUAAAAAGAAGAAAGAAGUACAAGUCACAGAAGCAAAAGAUAAUAAUUUUGCUACAGGGAGCACGGUAGGAAAUUCAAAUGCAGCAGCCAGGGAACCAGUACGAGGUAUGGAACUUUUAUGGCAGCCGGAAGUUGUGCAAUCUUAUUUGGCUCUUUUACAAAGUUGUUCAAAUCCAGAGACUUUAGAGGCAGCUGCAGGGGCUUUACAAAAUUUGGCAGCCUGUUAUUGGCAACCAAGUAUAGAAAUAAGGGCAGCGGUGCGUAAGGAAAAAGGGUUACCCAUCUUGGUAGAAUUAUUACGAAUGGAAGUAGACAGGGUGGUAUGUGCAGUUGCUACUGCCCUUAGGAAUUUAGCAAUUGAUCAGCGGAAUAAAGAAUUAAUAGGAAAAUACGCUAUGCGAGAUCUCGUCCAAAAAUUACCUUCUGGGAAUCCGCAACAUGACCAGGGCACAUCUGAUGAUACUAUUGCAGCUGUUUUAGCAACGCUUAAUGAGGUGAUUAAAAAAAAUGCAGAAUUCUCACGUUCUCUUUUGGAAGCCGGAGGAGUGGAAAGAUUGAUGACGAUUACAAGACAGAGACAGAAAUAUACACCUAGAGUUUUGAAAUUUGCCGGACAAGUAUUAUUUACGAUGUGGCAACAUCAAGAUCUUAGGGAUGUAUAUAAAAAGCACGGUUGGAAAGAACAAGAUUUUGUAACUAAGACUGUAGCAGCUCGUAAUGCUGGUCCUAAUUCGCCAAAUAAUGCCAAUAGCACUCUAAACCGCCCUAUGGCAUCACAGAGUGGUACUAGAUACGAAGAUAGGACUAUGAAACGUACAACUGCAGGUGGUAGAGGUGUAACUUCUGUCUUCCAAAGG